AUGGCGCAGACAACUGAAACACACCGCAGUACAUUUUUUGUCAGUAACGUGCACUGCUCCUCCUGCGUUGCCUACAUCAAUCAGGUUUUGUCGGGAAUCCCUGGAAUAGCAGGUAUCGAUGUUUCGAUCUUCACCCAUGAAGUACAUGUCGUCCACACACAAGAAAUUGAACCAUGGUCUAUAGUUGAGAUCUUGACUCAUGCCGCAUUCGAGGUCCACCAUGUCACCACCAGGAACCCAGCAGGCGCCAUCAUACUCGACCUGGAUACGGACACUGGAAUCCCUCAUAAUUCAAAGUAUCUCUCCACUAGUCACUCGUUUUCCAGUCAGAGGGAUAAGCAGAAGCAUCUCGCCAACUGCGACGCCUGCAGAAAAGAGGAGCAGCCAACGGAUGAGAAAUCUCAACACCUUCUCUGGAACGCCCAAAUUGCCGAACCUGCCGACGAAACAGUAUCAGUCCUGCGAUCAUCGUCAGAAAAGAUAGAAUCAUUCCAUGCGCGUAUAAGUAUUGGUGGAAUGAGUUGUGCUUCGUGCUCCAAUUCCAUAACAAAUGAGAUUCGCCAGCUUGAAUUUGUGGACGAUAUCACCGUCACACUUCUUUCAAACAGUGCCACGGUAACUUACCGCGGGCCACGGUCCAAGGUCGAAGAGAUAGUCGAGCGAAUCGAGGACAUCGGUUUUGAAGCUUCGCUGGACGAGGUCAAACCGGUGAAAAUCGAGUCAUGCGAAAACCAGAGCCUAGGCUAUAUUGCAGAGAUCUCCAUCGGCGGUAUGACAUGCGGCUCAUGCUCCACAGCUGUAACUCAAGGGCUGAAUGAGCUGCCUUUCGUCACCAAUGCUGUGGUUAACCUGAUGUCCCACAGCGCCCAGGUCGAGCUGGAAAACCAGGGCCAGGCUCACUUGGUCGUCGAGAAAAUCGAGGACUUGGGAUACGACGCCUCACUUGUCAGUGUGACUCAAAAGGCAGCCGAUCCUGGUUCUGCGGUUGAGAAAAGAACUGUAUCGUUUCGCAUCGAGGGCAUGUUUUGUCAUCACUGUCCGGAGAAGGUUUUCAACUCCCUGAAGGAGAUACCUGACCUCGAAUUUGAGAGCAUGUUAUCCACCAAGUAUCCAAUACUAAAAGUAACUUACACCCCUCGUUCACCUUCACUUACAGUGAGAACAAUUUGUGAGAAGAUCGAGAGCGCCCACAAUGCCUUCAAGGCUACGGUCUAUCGUCCUCCAAGUGUCGAGGAUCGAUCUCGAGAGAUGCAGCGUCAUGAAAGACGCCGUCUGCUAUCCCGAUUCCUUUUUGUGUUGAUGUCAGCCAUUCCCGAAUUCAUCAUUGGAAUUGUCUUCAUGAGCCUUGUUUCAAAAGACAACCAUAUCCGGCAGUACCUGGAGCAAUCAAUGUGGUCGGGCAGCGUCACUCGCAUAGAGUGGGCUCUAUUCAUAAUGACCACUCCGGUCAUGUUUUACGGCACAGACAUCUUUCACGUUCGUGCGGCGAAAGAGAUCAUCACGCUGUGGCGCCCUGGAAGUCGCAUGCCAUUGUUGCGAAGGUUCUAUCGGUUUGGUAGCAUGAACUUUCUCAUCUCCGCCGGAACAUUAGUAGCUUAUGUUUCUUCACUAGCUAUCCUCAUCAUGGAUGCUGUGAUCAAAACGCACUCUGAUACGCACAGCUCAACUUAUUUCGAUACGGUUGUCUUCCUGACCUUGUUCAUUCUUGCUGGUCGGUAUAUGGAGGCGUACAGCAAGGGUAGAGCCGGUGAUGCCGUUGCCUCGCUCGGAAAGUUACGACCUUCUGAGGCGCUGCUUGUUGUGGAUUUCAGCUCGGACCAUGUCCAGAGAAUCAACGUUGACCUCCUCGAAAUCGGUGACAUAGUGCGAGUUCCGCAUGGUGCCUCACCUCCUGCCGAUGGCAAAGUUACAGGAGCGGGUUCAUAUAAAUUUGAUGAGAGCUCGCUGACGGGUGAAUCGAGACCAGUGACCAAAACAGCAGGCGAUCAAGUUUAUACUGGGUCCGUGAAUGUCGGCCAGCCGGUCGAGUUCGAGAUCACCGCCAUCGGCGGUUCCUCGAUGCUCGAUCAGAUUAUCACCGUGGUACGCGAGGGUCAGGGGAAACGUGCACCGCUCCAGCGCGUCGCAGACACUCUCGUAGGCCACUUUGUGCCCGCUAUUACAUUUAUUGCUGUCCUGGUCUUCGUAAUCUGGGUCUCUCUUGGAGAGUCAGGAGCGUUACCCUCGGACUAUCUUGACGUCAGCCGUGGUGGUUGGGCUUUCUGGAGCCUCGAGUUCGCCAUUGCCGUCUUUGUCGUCGCUUGUCCCUGUGGUCUCGCACUUGCUGCUCCUACUGCCCUGUUUGUUGGUGGCGGGCUAGCUGCACGAUAUGGUAUUCUGGUCAAAGGUGGAGGUGAAGCCUUCCAAGAGGCUAGCCGUCUCAACGCCAUCGUUUUUGACAAGACCGGCACUCUGACGGAAGGAGGAAGUCUGCAAGUGUCUGACCAUGAGGUUCUCAUCACCGACCAUGUCCAGCUUCAGCAGAUUGCUUGGGCUGUUGCACGCAAACUCGAAGAAAGUAGCAACCACCCAAUUGCCCGUGCGAUAGCGGAAUUCUGCAAAGAACAGCCUUCGGCAUCAAUCACCAGCUCCGAAAUUAUGGAGAAAUCAGGACAGGGCAUGCAAGGCAAAUUUACAGUGUCGGUGUCAGAAAGCAAUGGAACAACAACCCGCCAUUUCGAAGCCGCCAUCGGCAACCAGCGUCUAUACCAAAGUCUUUCAUGUCCUGACCAAGGCCACUACUAUCUCUCCAAUACCCUCUCCAAGUACCAGGCAACCGGCAGAUCAACCGCCAUCCUGUGCCUACGAGAAAUAAUCCCCAGCGAAUCUGCCACCCAACCACCAAACGAACCUUUCUUCAUCCCAGCCAUCGUCUUCGCCAUAUCCGACACAAUCCGCCCAGACGCCGCAGCCAUAAUCUCAAAGCUCCAACAACGCAAAAUCAACGUCUUCAUGUGCACUGGCGACAACGAAACAACCGCCCACGCCGUCGCGGCCAUGGUGGGCAUCCCGCAAACAAACGUGCUAGCCAACACCCUCCCCGCAGGGAAAGCCGACUUCGUCCGCCAGAUCCAAACCCCCCAAGCAGACGCAGCCCGCGGGCGCCAAAUCGUCGCCUUCGUCGGUGACGGCGUGAAUGACUCCCCUGCCCUCGCUGCCGCAGACGUCAGCAUCGCCAUGGCCUCGGGCUCCGACGUCGCCAUCAACUCCGCCAGCUUCAUUCUGCUGAAUUCCGAACUGAUGACUAUCCUCAACCUUGCACUCCUCAGCCGCCGCGUUAUCAACCGCAUCAAGAUGAAUUUCGGCUGGGCGGUUAUCUACAAUCUUUGUCUUGUUCCUGUUGCCGCGGGCGUCUUUUACCCCAUUGUUUCUGGGCAUAAGAUGGUUAUGCGUGGGGGGGAGAUGGUUACUGUCGACGAGCACUGGCGUCUCAGUCCCGUUUGGGCGGCGCUGGCCAUGGCGCUGAGUAGUGUCUCCGUUGUUUGUAGUAGUUUGGCUUUGGCGGUUGAGUGGAAGUCUAUUUUGCGAGUGUGGGAUAUGGUUAAGGAUAGGUUGGCUUUUAAGCGUGGAGGUGCUUGA